UCAUGAUGAUGAACACGUGUUUUGCAAUUUACAUUAUUAAACGAUUAAAAUUAGAUAUACAUGUUGCUUAAUGCACUUGUAUUUAUACUGCUCAAAAUUUCUUCAAUGUGAAUUGGAAAAUUGUUUGCUAUGGUCGUAAAGCUGAAUUUUAAUAUUAUGUAAAAAUAAUACUUUAAUAUCAUGCACUUGAAAGGAAGAAGAAGUACAUGCCCGUGGGUCAAUUGUGACAAAUGUCAAGCAUUUUUAGCACAAAAAGAUAUAAAUGAUCAUGAACAGAAUUGCCCUCCCUCAGAGCCAUGGAAACCUGGAUUUAUAAAAGAUGAUGUUCUGCAUUCAAUUCUGGAACCUUACAAAUCCACAGAACUCCCAAAGUUCAUGAGUACAAAAGAGUUGAAUAACUUUAUUUUUAUGUCUGAGUUUGCAUUACAACAAUGUAAAAUUCCUAUAGGGGAUCCAGUAUUAAUAUCAAAUAAGGAUGCAGUAGUAGUUAAAAAAGCUUGGCCUAUGGGUGAUAAAACUACAAAUUUUAAUUCUGUGUUUUUAACCAAAAAUGCUAUGGAACUAAACAAUUUGGAAGGAUCAGUGACACUAGAAAAACUACAAUCAGAACCACAUCUUGCUCACGAAGUUAUAAUUGAAUCAGUGGGAAAAAAUCGUGUAGAACAUUUAACAACAGACCUUACUGUUUUGAUUAAAAAUUAUAACCAUAAUAACAUUUUUUCUAUUGGAAAUAGAAUAUGUAUUCCAUAUUAUGGAAGAAAGCUUAUUUUCAAAAUUAUAGAUAUAAAAGCUGAAGAAAAGUUAAUAAACCAAUUUUCAAUGAUGAAUUUAUCAAAUGAAUGUAAAGUUUUAUACAAAGUACUUUAUUCAACAAAAUGGACCAUUUUCCAAAGUACUGAACCAAAAAAUGAAACAAAGAAACUGGAGAGACAUAGUCGUAUCUGCUCUUUUGGUGGAUAUUCAAAUUUAAUAGAAAAUUUGAAAGAUCUUUUAUUAGUGGGAUUAGGAAAGUGUGGUACCUUGGAAAACUUUCACAUUAGUAGAGGUAUUUUAUUAUAUGGUCCUUCUGGGGUUGGAAAAUCAAUGAUUUCUGAAGUUUUGCUAUCACAAGUUGAAGCUAAUAUUAUACGUAUUAGUUCUCAUUCUAUUACCAGCAAGAAUCAUCAAGUUAUAGAAACAGAUUUAUCUAAUUUGUUUAAAGAAGCAGUUGACAAAGCUCCUUCUAUUAUUUUAAUAGAUAAUAUUGACAAACUGUGCCCAAAGAGAAGUAACUCUAAAACUGAACACGAAGACAAAGUAUUAGAAAGUUUAAUAACAUUAAUUGACAAUUUACAAGAUAGUAAAAAUGUUAUGAUCUUGGCACUAACUUCAAAACCUAAUACUGUUGAUUCAUCACUAAGAAGGCCUGGUAGAAUAGAUAAAGAAUUUGAAAUGUCUGUACCUACAAGACAAGUAAGAAGAGAAAUUAUUGAAAAAAUACUUGCAAAAGUGCCUUGCACUCUGAAUGAUGAAGAUAUAGAACAAAUAUCAUAUGAAACUCAUGGCUUCAUUGCUGCAGAUUUACUAGGUCUGUGCUCUACAGCUGAAAUGGAUGCAAUAAGAAAUAAUUUACAUUCUGAUGUUCCAUAUGAUUCUAAUAAAAUUAUGGUUACAAGGAAAAAUUUUAAUAAUGCAUUAAAUAUUGUUAAUCCAUCGGCAAUGAAAGAAAUUCUUAUUGAUGUGCCAAAUGUUAAAUGGUCCGAUAUAGGAGGCCAAAGAGACCUAAAACUUAAACUUAAACAGUCAGUAGAAUGGUCAUUGAAACGCCCAGAAGCAUUUAAGAAAUUUAAUACUACACCUCCUAAAGGAGUUCUAAUGUUUGGCCCUCCUGGUUGCUCUAAAACUAUGAUUGCAAAAGCUUUGGCAACAGAAAGCAAGUUAAACUUUUUGAAUAUCAAGGGACCAGAACUAUUUUCUAAAUGGGUGGGUGAAUCAGAAAAAUCAGUAAGAGAACUUUUUAAAAAAGCACAACAAGUAGCUCCAUCAAUUAUAUUUAUUGAUGAAAUUGAUGGAUUGGCAGUGGAAAGAGGCACAUCUUCUGGUAUUUCUGGAAGCAGCGUACAAGAAAGAAUUGUUACUCAGUUGUUGACUGAACUAGAUGGUGUGACAGCAUUAAGAAACGUUACACUAAUUGCUGCUACUAAUCGACCAGAUAGGAUAGAUCCAGCAUUGCUUCGACCUGGACGUUUUGAUAGACUAAUUUAUGUUCCUUUACCUGACGCUGAAACAAGAUUAGAAAUUUUCCAAAUAAACCUUCGUGGCGUUCCAAUUGAUAAAGAUGUUAAUUUAAAAGAUUUAGUGGAGCUUACUGAAGGUUAUUCAGGUGCUGAAAUAAAAGCUAUCUGUAAUGAAGCUGGUAUGAAAGCAGUAGAAGAAGAUGUUGAACAAAUCACUAAAGAACAUUUUAGGAUAGCUUUAUCAGUUGUUAUCCCUAGAACUCAUCCAGAUACACUCAAAGCUUAUGAAAACUUCAUCAGACCUCAAUAGAUUAUAAGUUAAUUUUAUUUAAAAAUUUUUUUAUAUUCUAAUGCACGUUUUAUAGAUCAUAUUUUUUAUAAAUGCACAUUGUUGUAUUAUGUGGAAUGUAUUACCUGAAUAAUAGUUAUAAUUGAAAUGCAGAGCAUAUUUUUUAUAUUUUAUUCGUAAAUAUUGAAAUUCAAAUUUGAUUAUUGCUCUUUAUACAAAUAGUAUUUGAAGUUUGUUAAAAUUGGAUUUGAAACAAAAGACAAUGAUUUCAUAGUUUUUAUAACUCUCAAAAUUUCAUAGUUUGUAUUAAUCUAAAAAAAUUUGCAAAAUUCAAUUUUCAAAAACUGAUAAAUUAUAGUAUCACACAUGUCUGUUAUAGUUAAAGAUCCUUGUCGUAAAGAUGAUAUUUCCAGACUAUUACGGAAAAAUAAUAUGUAAGAAAAAAUAAAAUUAAAAAAGGUAUUUGAUCAAUAUUAAAUAUUUUUUCUUUCUAUUUCAGUUGCAAUCCUUGUACUGCUCCAAUUAAUUAUUGUCCAACUGUAUUAUUUACAUGCCCUAAUUGCUGCAAACAAGUUAU